CCAGAAUUCCCCAGCCAUUCCCAGGAUUCCCCAGCCGUUCCUUGGCUGCACAGCUCCAGCUGCAAGGUUGAGGAACACUGCCCUACACUGUGCCAUAAAGCAAAAUUAAUCCUCCGUGCGAGGCAUUCCCAUCUCCACAGGGCCCCCUAACCUCCACCGGGACCCAGCACAGAUUUUACGAUCCACACCGUCUUCGUUCUGAAACAAAAUCUAAUUGUUUUGUGUUCUCAUUUGUGACACGUUUAUCAAUACGGUCGGUUGUCGGGCCAUGGAUGAAGGCGAGGCGAGGCUUGACCAGGGCACGGCCCCUUCCCCUCACGGAGCACAGGAAACAUGUAGGGAAGCUGGGAAGGCUGCAGAUCAACAGGAAAAGCCAGCCGCCAUCCAUCGGGGCCAGGACGGAGCCAAGAACCAGCUUACUUGCAAGGGGAGAAGACAGAACGAAGACGAAGAAUGGAAGAGGGGGAGCUGGGGCCCCCCAGCGGGGAAGGCCCCCAGGAGGAGCCCAGCGAGGAAGCCGCCCUGCAGUACGAGGAACGCAUCACCCGCCUGAUGGUCACGGUCGCCCGGCUGCAGGGAAAGUUGGAGCGGCUGCAGCGGGACAAGGCCAGGGAGGAGGAGGGGUUUUUUUCCGAUCUGGGCUCCGAGUCCAGCGCCAGCCUCCCCCGAUGCCCGUCCCUCUUUGCCAGCCGGACCAGGAGCCCGUCCCCCCCGCCUCCAGCCGGUCCGGAAGAAGAAGAAAAGGCUGACCUCUUCCUCGACGUUGACAAGGCGGUCACCUCUCUGGAGAACGUCCUCCUGUCGUACCGGAAUCGCCUUCCCAGCGUGGAAGCCGAGCUGCAGGGAUAUGCCCAGCUGGCCCAGGGUCUGGAAGCCAGGCUGGUGGAGCUGCAGAAGGGGAGCUGGGGGUCCCCCCACCAGGAGGCUGGGGACCCCCCCUGCGAGAGGAUGCUUGCUCUCUACAGGGAGAGGAACGGCUCCCUCCGUGCUGAGCUGGAGGCCAAGCAGGAGCUCCUGAGCCGGUCCCAGGCCUCCAUCACAGCCUCCCAGCAGGAGCGGGAAAAGCUCCAGAGGAAGGUGCAAGAGCUGCAGGGGAGCCUGUCCAGGCUGGAGACCUGCUCCGGAGGAGCCCCCAGCCCCCUCGGGGAAGGGGUCCAGGAUCCCUGGGGGGCUGCUCAGAAUGGCCUCCACCCUCCAUGGGGGGCCACCAGCGCCCAUCCCGCCCAGACCCUGCCGGCCUCCCUCUCUGCAGAGAUCCAGCCCAGCCUGGAGCAUCUCCACAGGUCCGUGGAGGGGCUGCAGGGGCUGCACCGGCUGCUCUCAGGGGCCCUGCAGGAGUCCAAGACGGAUGCGGAGCGCCUCAGCCUGCUGCUCGGAUGCCAGGAGUCCCGCCAGACUGCCCUGGCCCUGGCCGUCCGGGGCAGCGAACGCUGCCUGGAGGCCUACGAGACCCUCUUGGCGCUGACGGCCAGGGAGCAGAACCGGGGGAGCCCAGAGGCGGGAGCAGAGGCACCCUGGGCAGGGGCAUCCGAGGACCCCAAUCCUGCCCUGGAGAAAGCUGUCCGGAUUUUGCAAGCCUGCAGCCUCCCCCACGAGAGCCCCUGGGACAGCGACCGGCGACCGGCCAGCCCACAGGCCAAGCAGCGGCUGUGGGCGUGCAUCGGGCACCUGCGGGCCGAGCAGAGGUCGCUGAAGCUGCCCACCCCCCCACCCCCUCCGGGCCUGGCCUCCAUGGCUGCCAGGCUCAGCGCGGGCAUCGCGGCCAGAGUGGCCGAGGGCCGGAGGGCCCUGCAGGAGGCGCUUCCUGGCCCGGCCCCCCCGCCCAGGAUGGAGAAGGCCCGGCUGCUGCGGGAGCUGCACAACGGCCGGGAGACUCUGGCUGAUCUGGGCACUCGGCUGCUCCUGACGGCCAAAGCCAAGCAGGGCCUGGUGCUCUGGACCCACACGCUGCCCGCCCAGGAGGCUGCCUGCCUGCUGGUCAUCCGGACCCUCCAGCGGGAGCACCGGGCCCUCCGGGGACAGCCAGCCCCCUCCCUGGGAAGCAGCAGCAGCAGCAGUGAGGAGGACUCCGGGGCAGCUGCGCCCGAUGGCCUCCCCAGGGACCCGGAGAGGAGCCUGGCCCGGAUGGAGCCGGAGGCCCUGAGGCUCCGAUGCCGGGAGACUUCGGAUCGGAUCCAGGCGCUGAAGGAUCGUCUGCACGCUCUUUUGGUGGACUUGGAGGAGAAGAGCCAGGACUGCAGAGCCCAUGAGGCACAGGAGAUGGAGCUCAUGCAGGAGUUUUUCCAAGCCCACAGCGCCCUGCUCCUCGCCUACCAGAAGGCCCGUCACAAGCAGGAGAGCCAGGUGGGGCAGCUGGAGACCCAGGUGGGGCUGAUGACCAGGCGCCAGGCCAAGCAGCGCCAGGCUCUCGCGCAAGCCCUCCAGCAGCUGCAGGACCGAGUGUCCGCAGGGGCGCCGACUGGCCUCCCACAGCCUCCCGCAGUGGACGAGAGAUUCGUGGACCCGCCCGGGAAUUUGGAAGUCCCCUCCUUUGUAUGGAGCAGAAAGUGAGGCUUUCUGGACACACACAAACACACCUACAGACCAGCAAAGGGCGGGGGGCAGCAAGGCUCAUUUCCCCCUGAAGACCCGUCAGCCUUGCCGGGUAGACCAGCCAGGAAUCACAACCAGAUGAGCUAAGCCUGGUAAAGCUACUUGCAGGUCUGGAAGUACGAGGCUCCCGCUGUCAUUUUAAUAGACUGAGAGUCCAUGGAGAUUUUCCAUCACGCAGGUCAUGGUCGUCCCAUGUUGUAUAUUAUAUAUUGUAUUAUGUUA